AAGAAGUGACAGAGGGAGUAGUUGUGAGAUUGAGGGAGUGUGUGCUAUAUAUAAAGUGGUUUCAACAUUCUCUUGGCUCAUUUUUCAUCUUCUUUUGCAGUUUCUUCCAUUAUAGGAAUAAGGAAAAGAUGGGAAAUUGUCAAGCAAUUGAUGCUGCAACACUAGUGAUACAACACCCAAGUGGAAAAGUAGAGAGGUUUUGUUCAUCUAUGAGUGCUAGUCAAGUUAUGAAAAUGAAUCCUGGUCAUUGUGUUGCGCUUCUUAUUUCUACCACAAUGUAUCCAAACAGGGACAUUCAAAAUUGUCCCAAAAAUAAUAAUGGUGCCAAAAUCAACAUGGACCCAGUUCGAUUAACUCGGAUUAAGCUUCUUAAACCGAACGAUACUCUGCUUCUUGGACACGUUUAUAGACUCAUCACAACUCAAGAGGUUAUGAAGGGUAUAAGGGAAAAGAAACAAGCAAAGAUGAGACAGAACAUGUCAGAAGCAGCUCAUAAGCCAGAUUUGGUGAAGGAGAAAAAACCAAUCAAGUUUGACACAAAAUACAACAAGGAAACUAAACACGAAAGAGCGCGAGCAAAGACAAGUUCAUCAAGUAAUAAUGUUGCCAGUGUUACAGUCACAGCUAAGACAAGAUUCUGGCAACCCUCUUUACAAAGCAUCUCAGAGAUUGCCAGCUGAGGUGAGAGACAGAGGAGCAAGCAAUUUCAGGACUAAAAUCAGAACCCCUUUAUCCAUGAUUGCUUAGUCAUGUGGAAAUUAAAUAUAUUGCAUUGAGCUUUAAAGAGAGGCCAAAAACAACUCUUAUGGGUUGGUUGGUGCAUGAUUGUGCAUAGGAAAGUUGACAUAUCUUAUAUCAGUUAAUGUAACUAGAUUAUUAUUCUCUCUAAUGAAAUCAACCUUAGACAUCACAUUUUAUGUGCUGGACUUGUCUGAGUUUAGAAGACUUAUAAUAUUUUUUCGACAACUCAAUUUAUGGGUUAAAUUUAGUGUAUGGAAACAAUCGGAAUUUUUGGAGAAAUAUUGGAGUGUACUACAUCAACGCAUGUUGGACACAUAGACACGUUGAAUGUUCUUAACUUUACAAUAUAUUUGAAAUCGAUCAUUCAUGUAUUCUCUACUAUUGUCUCAUUGAAUAUUUUAACU